AGACCUCAGCUGAAGUUUCGUCUGGCCGGUUACCCACGCAAGCACAACGAGGGUCGUGUUGAGGUCUUCUACAAUGACGAGUGGGGCACCAUCUGCGAUGACGACUUCACACUGGGCAAUGCUCACGUGCUGUGCCGACACCUCGGCUUUGCUGCCACUGGCUGGACCCACAGCGCCAAGUACGGCAAAGGCGUCGGGCGGAUCUGGCUGGACAAUGUGAACUGUGCCGGAGGCGAGAAGAGCAUCGGGGACUGCAAACACCGGGGCUGGGGGAACAGCGACUGCAGCCAUGAGGAAGAUGCGGGUGUUAUCUGCAAGGAUGAGCGCAUCCCAGGCUUCAAGGACUCCAAUGUCAUCGAGGCGGCUGAAGCAAGCGGCCAGGAUGAAGGGCCGGAGCCUGAGGUCAGGCAGCAGGGCAUUGUGGGAUGUGGCUGCAUCCAGCACGGUUUCCUGGUGGAAUGUGUGCAGGAAGCUGCAUCAUUGCUGUGGAGAGCAGCUGUGUCCGUGGUGAUGGCAGAUGAUGCUGUUGUACUCAUGUGUGACACAAAGCUGGUCUCCAAAUCUCAGCCUAAACAAAAGCGCAGGGAGGACGUAGGGCCCAAGAAGAGGCUCUUCACGGAGCGUCAGCAGCUCAACUACCGCCUGCACUCGGUGUCCUGCACGGGGACAGAGGUGCACCUCUCCAUGUGUGCCUUUGAGUUCUACCGGGGCAACACCUCAGCUGCCUGUGGGGCUGGCAUGCCUGCCGUGGUCAGCUGCGUGCCUGGGCCCCUCUUCACCACCGGCAGUGCCCACAAGAAGAAACAGCGGCAGCAGCAGCAAGGCCAGCCCCGGAUCCGGCUGAAGGGUGGCGCGAAGGUCGGCGAGGGCCGCGUCGAGGUGCUCAAGAGCAGCGAGUGGGGUACAAUCUGUGACGACCGCUGGAACCUGCUGUCGGCCAGCGUGGUGUGCCGCGAGCUGGGCUUCGGCAGCGCCAAGGAGGCUCUUACUGGGGCACGCAUGGGCCAAGGAACGGGGCCCAUCCAUCUGAAUGAGGUGCAGUGCCGGGGCACCGAGAAGUCCCUCUGGAGCUGUCCCUUCAGGAACAUCACACAGGAGGACUGCAAGCACACGGAGGACGCGGCUGUGCGCUGCAACAUCCCCUACAUGGGCUACGAGAACCUGAUUCGGCUGAGCGGGGGCCGAAGCCGCUUCGAGGGGCGGGUCGAGGUGGCGGUGGGGGCUGGUGAUGGGGACCAGCCCCGCUGGGGUCUGGUCUGCGGCGAAGGCUGGGGGACACUGGAGGCGAUGGUGGCCUGUCGCCAGCUGGGUCUGGGAUUCGCUAACCACGGCUUACAA